AUGGUCGGGCUCUCGCUACUUCACCCGACGAGAUUAAAGAGACAAGCUACUCUACUCAGCGAGAGUGUGGAGGAUGGGCCCCAGCGUGUCCUGCUCGUCCUCACCGCCGUCAUCGCAUUUUGCAACUUUGCUUUCUUCAUCGUGGGCACUUUCGUUGCGGCAAGGAUAGACUAUGGAUGGUAUGGGGAGCCUGGCGGGCCGCCGGAACCACUGCACAAGGAAGGGACUAUCGUCGUGGACAGAGCCGGCCUCGUCUUCUUCUACUGCCCCAUUCCUCUCAUCUUCCUCGCCGUAAGCGUCUUCGAGAUUCUGCAACAUCGCGCUAGCCAACCCUUCCGACCCAUCCUAUCACUGGUUUGCGGCGGCCUCGGAUUACUUGCAUGGCUUAUCCAGUUCUCGCUACAGGGAACCUGUAUCCUGCCUACCAGCCGCUUCAACACUACUUCUGCGGAAGCAGGCUGGUGUGCUUUUGAGCUGAGACAGUGGGAUCCGAGGAGCUAUUGGAGUAGUGGGUUGGCUGUGACUUGGUAUGUCACUUGGUGUGUCCUCGUGAUGGGCGUACUCUAUCUUACCCACCUCGUCGUAACCUUAUCCUUCUUCCUCCGGCAACGACAAGCAGCGGGCAAACAGAGCAUCAUGCCCCACGCUUACCAAUACCACUCGCCGCUCGAGGAGAGAGAGAUGCAUACGAAUCGUGAUAUUCCGGACAGAAGUGCUACAAAUACUCCGUUGCCCGGCGGUCACACUCGCACAUCUAGUCAUCCCCCAAGAUACGGCGAUGGUGGGAUCUUCCAUGAGGAACUCGAUCAAGAGGAGAAGACGGAGAGGGACAUGGUAUGA